AAUGGCGGUUGGCGCAUGCGCACUACCCGGAGGCGGCCCAGGCCAUGGCGGCCGUUUAAAGGUAACCGAAAUCAGUCGGAACCGGAGCGUCAGAUUUGUUGUUUUCGUUUCGCACCGCGCUCGCCACCCCUCCCUUCGCCCGCUUUUUCCCGCCCGCUGCCUGUAGGAAGCCGUGAAGGGGCGAAAGGGUAGAGGAAGAGGGGAAACUGCCUCGUAUUCCUCCUCCUCGUACCUUUGAGGCCCAAUAUUUUCCUCACAAAAACAACCAACUUAGGGAGAGGAAGACAUCCCGAGGAGGCGGAGGGUUAGUGCUAGGGUUAGGCGCCCUUCUUGUGGGCCAAAAAGAGGCUCAUUGGCCGCCCCGUUCCCUAUUGAGUCUUGGAGGAAGUUGUAUUUUAGCAAGUUCAGGGCGGGGGCUGGCUGCCCAUUGCAUUCCUCUCCAUCCCUUUGAACCUGAGGGAAGAGGAAGGCCGUCAUUCCCACCCUAGAGACUUCCGCGUCAGGGGUUUGAAGGGAGAUUGGCAAGCGAUCCAUUUUCGUGUUGGGAAAAGCAACGAAGGGGGUGACCAUGUUGCUUGGGCCCACCUUUCCCACAUUGAGGCUGAGAGAAAGGAGACCCUGAGGAGGAACUCCAGAGAAGAAGCGCCCACAGCGCCCCACUCUGUUGGGAAACCAAAUCCCACCAUUUUUAUCCCUUUGGAGGGUAGAAACCCGUCUUAUUUUGGCCCCAAAUUAAAUCGUGGGCAUCCUCCCCACUGUGGGGGGCUCCUCCCCAUAAAGGAAAUCCCUCCUUGUACUGCCAGACGUUGUUCUCUCCCAAGUGGAUGGGGUUAUUCCUUCUCCAUGGACCUUUGGGGAGGUUCAGAAAUCUAACUCCCAACAGGUGAAACUCAUAAUCAGAGCCUAGAAUUGAAACAACCCUUUUGUUGUUAAGGAAGGUUGAAGAGUGGAGGAUUUCCCCGUCUUAGCGCCCUGUUUAUUUUUUAGUUAGUCAAGGGGCUCCCUUGUUUUGGGGGAAGAGAGAAGAGGAGGGUGUGGGGCGCGCCUCCCCUUAAAGGAAAGCCAUAGAGGAGCUUGAACCCUCCCUGCCCUCCAGACGUUGUUCUCUCCCAAGUGGAUGGAAUUAUUCCUUCUCCAUGGACCUUUGUUGGAUGUGGAGGUUCAGAAAUCUUCACCCCCAACAGGUGAAACUCACAACCAGAGCCUAGAAUUGAAACAACCCUUUUGUUGUUAGUUAGGGAAGGUUGAAGAGUGGAAGAUUUCCGUCUCAGCCCCCUGUUUAUUUAAUUUUUAGUUACUUGAGGGGCUUCCUGUUGUCCUCUCCCUGUAGCACCCCAUUCCCCCCUUUGCUUUGGAGAAAGGAAGAGGCAUUCCCUGUCUCAGAGCCCUGUUUAUUUUUUUAGUUACUCAAGGGGCUCCCCGUUUUCCUCUCCCUGUAGCACCCCAUUCCCUCUCUGUUUUGGGAGAAAGAAGAGGCAUUCUGUCUCAGCCCCGUUUGUUUAUUCUUUAGUUAGUCGAGGGGCUCUCUGCUUUCCUCUCCCUCUAGCACCCCAUUCACCCUCUGUUUUGGGGGAAAGAAGCAUUCCCUGUCUCAGCGCCCUGUUUACUUAGUUGGUCGAGGGGCUCCCUGUUUUCCUCUCCCAGUAGCACCCACCCCCUCCCCUCUUUUGGGGGAAAGAAGAGGCGCCGAGGCAGCGAUGGGGCGAGAAGGACCCGCGGCAAGAGGAGGGCGGCGGUGAGUCCGUGAAGCCGUCCGAGGACAAGCCGAGGGGGGUUGUCGGAAGAGAAAGGGGGGCGAUGGGUCUUGGUGGGGCGGGAGGCGACGUCGUCGGCGGCCCCCGAGGGGUCCAGGCGGGGGAUUGGGGCCGAGCGCGGAGAGGGAGAAGAGGAGGAGGAGGAGGAGGAAGAAGGCGAGACGGCGGAGGAGGCACCGCCAAAGAAGCCUGAAGCAGCAGCGUCGGCCCCAUCGCCAUGAGAUCCACGGUGUACAAAGCCACCGCGGCGGCGCCACCGACACCAACAACAACGACGACGACGACGGGGCCGGGCUUGCUGGAGCCUGGCCCGGAGGAAGAGGAGGAGCCUCCGCCUCCUGUGGCUGUGGCUGCAGCAGAAGCGGCGUCGGGCCCCAAAGGCCGGGCCCCUGCCUUACAGCAGGAAGGAGAAGGCGUCGGAGGGAGCGGUUGCUGCUGGGGCGGCUUGGUGGUGCAGCAGGCGGGUGUGGGCGAUGCCCGGCCCUCCAAGUACCAGGCGGUGCUGCCCGGACAAGCGGCGGCGGCUGCUGUUGCUGCUGCUUCCUCCACCGCCGCCAAGGAGGGCAAGCGAGGCGGAGGAGGAGGAGGGCCCGGAGGCUCCCCUGCCCCGCUUUCCCCCGCUCCCUUGCCGACUGAGCCCGGGCAGCCUCCGCCCGCGGCAGCAGAGGAAUCCCCCAGCAGCAAGUGGAAAAGCGGCGGCGGCAGCGUUGGGAGCACCAGCGGUGGUGGUGGGAGCAGCCUUCGGAAGAGCCCCAUGGGGGCCGGCGGGGGCGCCUCCAGCCAGGCGGCCUGCCUCAAGCAGAUCCUGCUGCUCCAACUGGACCUUAUCGAGCAGCAGCAGCAGCAGUUGCAGGCCAAGGAGAAGGAGAUCGAGGAGCUCAAGGCCGAGAGGGACACGCUCCUUGCUCGAAUUGAGCGCAUGGAAAGGAGGAUGCAGCUGGUGAAGAAGGACAAUGAGCGUGAGAAACACAAAAUAUUUCCAGAAUAUGAAACAGAGGAGACGAUUGAACCUGAAAUACCAGAGAAGUUGCCUAUAGAAUGUCCACCACCAGAACUCUUGGAGACAUCCCAUCCACUGCCUUUGAAACACUUCCCAUAUGGACGGAAUGGAAAGGGUCACAAAAGGAAGUCUCCAUUUGGAAGUGCUGAGAGGAAAACUCCAAUGAAGAAGCUGGUGGCCGAAUUCUCAAAAGUCAAAUGUAAAACUCCAAAGGUUUCUGCACUGAAAGAUGAACCCAGCAGUUCUUUGACUGAAUCAAUUAGCAGGCGUGAACUGAGAAGUCAGGAAACUCCUGAAAAAACCCGAUCACUUGGAGACACUCCGCUGAAAUCCUCAGCAUCUUUGAAAGGACAUGGGUGCCUUUCAAAGGAAAAGGACUCCUGCAGUGAAACAGAAGACUUACCCUACCUUUCCACCACUGAAAUGUACUUGUGCCGGUGGCACCAGCUGCCUCCUUCACCGUUACGAGAAACUUCUCCCAAGAAGGAGGAUAUUGUAGCAAUUCCAUCAUGGAGGGACCACACAAUAGAACCUCUGAGAGACCUGAAUCCUUCAGAGCUUGUGGAGACCUUAGAUGACAGUGUCUUCUCCAAACGGCAUGCAAAAUUGGAACUGGAUGAGAAGAGGAGAAAAAGGUGGGAUAUUCAGCGGAUUCGGGAGCAAAGAAUUUUGCAGCGACUGCAGCUCAGAAUGUAUAAAAAGAAAGGAAUUCAGGAAUCUGAGCCUGAAGUUACCUCAUUUUUCCCAGAGUCAGAUGAUGUUGAAAGUCUGAUGAUCACCCCUUACUUGCCUGUAGUAGCAUUUGGUCGACCAUUACCAAAAUUAAGCCCACAGAAUUUUGAACUGCCAUGGUUAGAUGAACGAAGCCGCUGCCGGUUGGAGACACAAAAGAAACAGACACCUCACCGGACAUGCAGGAAAUAGGUGUGUCCAACUAGGAGAAACCUCUGCCUUGACAGGUUGCCCUCUGCUAUUCAUAGCAAGUGGCAGAGAACUGUAUAUGUCCUUUUAUGUCAAUCUUCCCUCUUGAUGUACAUUCUUGUUCACUAUAAAUAUUUUUUUAUGCUUGCAUAUGGUUUCUUUAUCUGAGACCUCAAAACUCUUCAUCUGUUGUCCAUUAUUUUGUUUUACUUGGGAGAAACUACUGUUUUUUCUUGUUGGAAAAAAGUUGCAAAAUUUCAGUUGGCAACCUCAGAUGAAUUGUACUGAACAGUUGCAAUGAGCAAGUCCGUUGAGACUAUGAACAGUGGGCAAGCAUAAAAAUAUGACAGUAUUGUUCCCAUUUGUAAAUUAUCACAAACAUGAAGGCUUCCUCUAUUUGCAAAAACUCAUAUUCUUGAUAUUAUCUCGCUUGCUCCUUAAGGGCAUUGGAAAUGAGGUGGGGGUGGCAUUACCCAUCAGAGUACAUUGGGCAAAGGGAUAUUUGACUUGCUCCCAGCUGCUCUUCUAAAAAACAUCCACAUUGUUGAUCCAUGCAUUUCCUCCUGCCUCAUUUGAUCCUUCACAUACUGCUGUGAUGUGGCUUUUAAUUUCGUUUCUGGUGUUUUCAAACUUAGUUUAUACCUUCUGCUUCAAUCUCAAGGACAGUGGGUGAUCAAGUCUGACUUUGUAACAUUGGUAGUGAAUGUCUGUAGGUCUGACAACUGCGCCACACUGUUAAUUCUGUCAGGACACUUGACAAAAUCCUAAUUAACAAUGCAGUGUCAGCCUGUCUACAGAUUUUCACUUGUUGUUUUCCCAGAACAUGCUUAGUGUCAUAUUUUCCUCUUGUCAAAAUGCAGUGGGGUCUAAAUGGUUGAGUUUUAAUGGCACAAAAAGUUGCACAGUUCUGGCUUCUUAAUGGAAAUGCUAAGCAUUAGCACUACCAGAUUUACUGGCAUUUGAGAUCUGGUCAGUUUAGACAUCCCUUGGCAUUACCAAUAGACAAAUGACAUUUCAAAAACUGGACUUCCCUAUUACAGCAAAAGGCUGUAACAAGCUCUUGCCUGGAAGCACUUAGCAACAGCCAUGUGGUUCUUUUCCCAGCUUAGGCAAAGUAAUUUGUUUCUAGAAAGAAGGGAAGCAAUAUGAGAGAGGAAAAGUAAAAAGAUUGUAUCCUUUCACCCAGAGGCUAAGUGAUUCCUCCUCUCAAAUCUUCAUGAGAAGAGAUCUCUCCCUGUGUGAAGUCCAUUGAAAUAGUAUUUAUAUAUACCUUUCAGAAAGGUUCAAAUCUUGCAAGAGGUGGAAUUGUUUCUACAUUUGGCACAGUCAGCAAGUCCUGUGGGUGGGAACCAACUUUCUGUUCUCUCACUUUUUCUUAAAAUUAUGUUAAACAACACCAACAGCUGAAACUUUAUUUCUGAAACAUAGCUGGCACUUCUUAAGUAGAUCCCAGACUUGAAAUCUUUAUAGUAACUGGUGAUUAAAACAAACAAACAAUGCUUCUGAGAACAGGGAAUUCCUAAGAGAGUAUAUGCUUAUUUGCCUGCUUCAUACAAUAGCAGGUGGCCGCCAUUGUCUAUGUGCACACACACAAGUGUAUUUUUAUGAACACUGAAGCUAAAAUCUUGCAGUGCACGACACUGUUGUAUAAAAAGAAUGUUUCUUGUGUCACUUUUCUGGAUUGUUACAAGAUCCAGUGCAGGAUGAUAUGCAUUCUCUUUAAAUGCCAAGAACAUCAUGUAGGGAGGAUGCUCAUCCACCAGAUUGGUUCUUUCCUAACUUUCCAACCUCCAAAUACCUCCAGUAGCUACAGUUAUUUCUGGGUUAUAUAUUCUUAAAAUCAAAAGGAUGCUUCUUUUCUUCAAAAGGUAGCACAUUCAAUGUCCAUGUAGUCAAGUAAUUAAUUCAACAGACACUUUGAAAUGAGAAGAAUACACAUCUUCUCUUUUGCCAAGUAGCCUGUGUAUUUGAGAUAGUGCACAAUGCUUGCCUAGCUUUAUUUUAACUAAGGCUGUGUUUGGAUCUUUUGCUUUUUUAGCAUGCCAGCAUGCAUCCUUAAGUGUUUUUUAAAUUAUUUUUGCCCUACUGUUAAAAGCAUGGUCAUAACCACCAAGCUUUAAUGGGAGACUUACUGGUGGAGGCAUUGUUGAUUUCAGAGUGUUAUCCUGCUAGCAUUUGAGCCUACUUCCAACUUUAAAGUAAGCACAAAGAGUUUGCAAGAUAUUUCUUGAGUUGAUGUGGGUAGGAAGGAGGAGGAUGUUUCUGCUUGGCCCCAAAUUUGGCUUUUAUCAGAUAUGCCACAUAUGUUGUCAUGAAAUAUAGCAGCAAAAUCUUCUCAUCCCUACUGCUUCUUGCCCCAUUGAGACAAUGCUGACUUAAAAUAAGUUUAAUAUUAACACAUGGAACUUGUAUCUAAGAAAGGGGAUGGAGAGGUGUGUGGAAAUAGAUAGCGGGUUAUAUAAAGGUUUUGCAUUGGAUGUUAGCUAGCAGCAAGAUGGAAGGAAUGGUCUUUCUCCCCAUAAGGGAAUACAGCACUGUGAAAUUUGUAUUAACUAAAAGCCCUUGCAAAUCAGAUCUGAUCUUUGGUUUAAAACAAAAACAUUGCUUUAUUUAACCAAGUUAACAGUAGUUCUAAAACUGUAAUUCUGUCCCAUGCUUUGUUUUUCUGCCCUUUGCCAUGUGGUUGUCUGCAGAUGCAUCCUUUUUUAUACCAUUUUAAAUAUGUAAAAUCUGUUGUCUUGUAAAUAUCUUAUAAAGGACAAAGAAGUUUGUAAAUAGCAAAGUUGUGGCUGUUAAUGUUUUUUUUAAUUUUUGCUUUGGUUCAUUUAGGUUUAACAGUGUUAACAGGGAGUAUUAAAGGAGAUGUUCUGCUUGUAUGUUUAAACAAAAUUGAAACAAAUCAAUUUUUUUACAAUAAAACAAAAAGAAUAUUAAGGUU